AUAUGUAAAUAGUAUGAUAGCAGGCGCUAGGCCACACGAUAUGUUCCUUACCCGUGCUUUAGAGAAGAUACUUAGCGACAAGGAGAUCAAGAAGUCGUAUCACUCACAACUGAAAAAGGCAUGUGAGGUUGCACUAGGUGAGCUGAAGGAAGAUAACAGCUCUAAUGGGAAUCAGCCAUCAUCUGCCCUGCCACAGCCAAAGAAGGCAGGCUUCGUAGAAGCUGACAAGUAUUUCCUCCCAUUUGAAUUGGCUUGCCAAUCGAAAUGUGCCCGGAUCGUCAAUGUUGCAUUGGACUGUCUGCAGAAACUAAUAGCUUAUGGCCACCUGACGGGAAGCACUGAAGACAGUACGACCCCGGGGAAACUGCUAAUCGACAGGAUUGUGGAGACCAUAUGUGGCUGUUUUCAUGGACCACAGACUGACGAUGGAGUUCAGCUGCAAAUCAUCAAGGCCCUGUUGACGGUGGUGACUUCGAACACCUGUGAGAUACACGAGGGCACUGUACUACAGACGGUCAGAACAUGCUACAAUAUUUACUUGGCCAGUAAGAACCUUGUCAAUCAGACCACAGCUAAAGCCACUCUCACCCAGAUGCUCAAUGUCAUCUUCUCCAGGAUGGAGGCCCAAGCUGCUCAGGAAGCAAAAGAAAGGGAGAGAAGUGAUAGUAAGAGUUCCAAAAAGGAGGAUGCCGGAAUAGAUGUGGAAGAAGAAAAGCAAGAGAAUAAGAAUAAAGAAGCAGAUGAAGAGACACAGGAUGCUGCAGAGGAGGAUGGGAAAGAAGAGACACCAUUAGAAAUUGUACAAGGAGUUUUAGAGGAUAUGAUAAAUCAGGUGGCAGGAGAGGACACGCCCACCAUAGAAAAUACAGACCAAACCCAGCCUACAGUAACUGGUUCUCCAACAGAAACUGGUACCCAGCCAGAAAGUUCCCAGCAACCCCCAUCUUCAAAUGUAUCCGAUAACCAUGAUAAUCUUAGUGUGGCAGGCAGCGUGGAGGACGGAGAAAUGUCGCAAGGCGUAUUUAGUCACAUACUUCAGAAAGAUGCUUUCUUGGUGUUCAGGAGUCUUUGUAAACUUUCCAUGAAGCCACUGGCUGAUGGACCCCCAGAUCCAAAGUCACAUGAACUUCGAUCUAAAGUCCUGUCCCUGCAGCUUCUGUUGUCCAUUCUACAAAAUGCUGGCCCAGUCUUCAAAACAAAUGACAUGUUUAUAAAUGCCAUAAAGCAAUAUUUGUGUGUUGCAUUGUCCAAAAAUGGAGUCAGCUCAGUUCCAGAAGUGUUUGAACUGUCACUGGCCAUCUUUCUAACCCUGCUGUCAAAUUUUAAACAGCAUCUGAAGAUGCAGAUUGAGGUGUUUUUCAAAGAAAUUUUUCUGUAUAUCUUGGAAACACCCAGCAGCUCAUUUGAGCACAAGUGGAUGGUCAUCCAGGCUCUUACAAGGAUCUGUGCAGAUGCACAAUGCGUAGUGGAUAUAUACUUGAACUAUGACUGUGAUCUGGGCCUUGCUAACAUCUUUGAAAGACUUGUAAAUGACUUGUCAAAGAUUGCACAGGGAAGACAGGCAUUGGCUCUUGGUGCUACUCCGAUUCAAGAAAAGAGCAUUAGAAUUAAAGGCCUGGAAUGUUUGGUCUCUGUUCUGAAGUGUAUGGUGGAGUGGAGCAAGGAUCUGUAUGUCAAUCCACACUCUCAGUCCAACCUAGGACAGGAGAAGAUGCCCAACACGGAGACAGACAGUGACUCUGGGAAGGGUACGAUGACGAGUUACGGCAGUGUGAAUUCACUAAAUACUAACGACGGCUCACAGACACUCAGUACUACUCCGACAGAUAACCCCGAGCAGUUCGAGUCGCAGAAACAGCAGAAAGAAAUCAUGGAGACGGGCAUUGAAAUGUUCAACAAAAAACCUAAAAGAGGCCUGCAGUACCUACAGGAACAGGGCAUGCUAGGGACUAGUCCAGAUGAUGUAGCAGAGUUCUUUCACUCUGAUGAAAGAUUGGACAAGACUGUUAUUGGAGAUUUUCUGGGAGAAAAUGAAAAGUUCAACAAGGAGGUGAUGUAUUCCUAUGUGGACCAGUUAGAUUUACUGGAAAUGGACUUUGUGUCAGCACUUCGGAGAUUCCUGGAAGGCUUCCGAUUGCCGGGAGAGGCCCAGAAGAUCGACAGACUGAUGGAAAAGUUUGCCUCUCGCUACUGUGUCUGUAACUCAAACACUAAUCUGUUUGCCAGUGCUGAUACAGCCUACGUGUUGGCCUACUCCAUCAUAAUGUUAACCACAGACCUCCACAGUCCACAGGUUAUACAUAAAAUGAGGAAGGACCAGUAUAUCAAGAUGAACAGAGGCAUUAAUGAUAGUAAGGACCUGCCAGAGGAAUAUUUAUCUCAGAUUUAUGAUGAAAUUGCUGGGAAUGAAAUAAAGAUGAAGGUUGUAGGUGGAGUCAAGCCAAAUAAAUCAUCCCGUGACAUCACCAGUGACAAGCAGCGUCGUCUGCUGUACAAUGUGGAGAUGGAGCAGAUGGCCAGCACAGCCAAAGUUCUGAUGGAAAGUGUCAGUCAUGUUCAAUCAAACUUCACUAGUGCCACACACUUCGAACAUGUCCGACCAAUGUUUAAGAUGGCGUGGACUCCUUUCUUGGCAGCCUUCAGUGUCGGCUUACAGGACUGUGAUGACUCUAGCAUUGCCACACUCUGUCUAGACGGAAUUAGAUGUGCCAUAAGAAUCGCUUGUAUAUUCCACAUUGAGCUGGAGAGAGAUGCUUAUGUCCAAGCUUUAGCAAGAUUCACCCUUCUUACUGCCUCCUCCUCACUGACCGACAUGAAAACCAAGAAUAUUGAUACAAUCAAAACCCUCAUCUCCGUGGCUCACACUGAUGGAAACUAUCUUGGAAAAUCUUGGUUAGAGAUUGCAAGAUGCAUCUCGCAGCUGGAACUUGCCCAGUUGAUUGGCACAGGAGUGAAACCAAGGUCAAACAAAGUUCAUCAUCGGGAGAGAGACAUGCAGAAUGCUGGGCAUCCAUUAGAGGCAUUUGACCCAGAAGUGAUAGCUAAGGGUGGUUUGGACUCGAAGAGAUUGGCCAAUCUCCAGGAACAGAUGGGAGAAACUAGUUCUCAGAGUGUGGUGGUGGCAGUAGAUCGAAUAUUUACUGGAUCUGUGAAACUGGAUGGAGAUGCCAUAGUUGAGUUUGUGAAAGCCCUUUGUCAGGUUUCCAUGGAUGAACUGUCCAAUGUGAAUCACCCUCGGAUGUUCAGCCUGACAAAAAUCGUGGAGAUUUCUUACUACAACAUGGGACGCAUCAGGCUGCAAUGGUCAAGAAUCUGGGAAGUCAUCGGUGACCACUUUAACAAGGUUGGCUGUAAUCCAAAUGAAGACAUAGCCUUUUUUGCUGUGGAUUCUUUAAGGCAGCUUUCCAUGAAGUUCAUAGAAAAGGGAGAAUUUGCCAACUUUCGAUUCCAAAAAGACUUUCUCAGGCCAUUUGAACACAUCAUGAAAAGAAACAGAUCUCCCACUAUAAGAGACAUGGUUGUUCGUUGCGUAGCUCAGAUGGUAAACUCCCAGCAUGCUAACAUCCGUUCUGGGUGGAAAAAUAUUUUCGGUGUCUUUCACAUGGCUGCUUCUGAUCACGAGGAAGGCAUAGUGGAGUUAGCAUUCCAGACCACCGGCAGAAUUAUAUUUGCCAGCAGUGGUGUUGUCAAGGGAUCAAAUGCUGCCAACUUUUCAUUCUGUGAAGCUGGCAUAUGCGAGAAGCAUUUUGCCUCCAUUAUCGACUCAUUCCAAGACGCUGUGAAAUGUCUAUCUGAGUUUGCAUGUAAUGCAGCCUUUCCUGACACCAGUAUGGAAGCUAUUCGAUUAAUCAGGAACUGUGCAAAAUAUGUUGCUGAAAAACCACGUAUGUUUAAAGAUCAUGGAGGAGAGGAUCUAAAUGUUCCUGAGGACGAUCGUGUAUGGGUGAGGGGGUGGUUUCCAGUGUUGUUUGAACUAUCGUGUGUAAUCAACCGAUGUAAACUGGAUGUUAGGACAAGGGGCUUGACCGUGAUGUUUGAGAUCAUGAAGACGUAUGGCGAGACAUUUGCCAGCCAUUGGUGGAAAGACCUGUUUCAGAUUGUUUUCCGUAUCUUUGACAACAUGAAGUUACCAGAACAACAGAACGAGCACUUUAAGAGCAAGAAGGCUGAAUGGAUGACCACGACCUGUAAUCAUGCACUGUAUGCCAUCGUGGAUGUGUUUACUCAGUACUAUGAAAUUCUCAGCCCAGUGUUACUAACCGAGCUUUACAAUCAGCUUCACUGGUGUGUGAAACAGGAUAACGAACAGCUAGCCCGCUCUGGGACAAACUGUCUGGAAAAUCUGGUUAUUUCUAAUGGAUCAAAAUUCUCCCCAGAAGUCUGGCAUCAGACCUGCUCCUGUAUGCUGGAUAUAUUUAGAUCGACCAUUCCGUCAAAUUUGUUGCUAUGGCGACCAGAUACAGCUGAAUCUGCCUCCGUGGUGUCUAGUCGAGACUCAGAACUAGAUGCUGAUGAAAGUCAGGAUACUGUGUCGAUGGACAGCAGUCACGAUAGUCGCGUGUUAAUGAGGGCAGAUAGUAACCAUAGCGUCAACAGCACCAUAUCCCAGGAUUCCAGAGACCACAAAAUCCCACGCUCUAAAGUGUCAUCAGAGCAGAAACUUUUCCAGGGCCUUCUGAUCAAGUGUGUAGUACAGUUAGAACUGAUCCAGACUAUUGACGAUAUUGUAUUUUUCCCAGCAACCAGCAGAAAGGAGGAUGCAGAAAACCUAGCAGCCGCUCAGGGUGGUUCUCUGGAGGACUUGCAGGACAGCGGUCAGCAGAGGGAGGACCAGGGCAUGUACCAGUUCCUGGCCUCAGAUCAGCUCUUUCUGCUCGUUGACUGCCUGUUGGAGUCCCACAAGUUUGCCAAGGCCUUCAACUCCAACCACGAACAGAGGAACAUACUCUGGAAAGCAGGAUUCCGUGGAAAAGCCAAACCAAAUCUACUGAAGCAGGAGACACAGAGUCUGGCGUGUUUGUUGAGGAUUCUCUUCAGGAUGUACAAUGACGAGUCGAGAACGGAUGCCUGGAAAGACGUGGAAAAUAUGCUGAUCACGAUUUGUCGUGAGUCACUGGAAUACUAUCUGUCACUACAGUCUGACAGUCACAGGGAAGCCUGGGGCAGUCUCAUGAUUCUACUUAUCACCCGCCUCCUCAAGCUCGCAGACGACAGGUUCAAAGUUCAUGCUGCCGCAUAUUACCAACUAAUGUGUGAAGUCAUCAUGUUCGACCUGAAGUUGGAAAUGAGGUCCACAUUACGCAAGUUCUUUGGAAGAACAGGCCAAGUUUGUCACAUAUCAAGCAGCUAGCAGCAUUUAAACCUUUCUAUCUCCAUUACGAAGGCUCUCCCAACAGUCCAGAGAUCUUUCAUCACAUCAUAUUAUUUUAUUUACCCUAUUUUGAAGUGUUCCACACUGAAAAUGCUCUCUUUCAAAGUGCAUUCAAUUAACACUAUGAAGAGCUGUUUAGAGAAAAAGUUAUGUUUUAGUGACUAAUGAAUAAAUUGUUUUAUUCCAAAUAUUAGGUAGCAUACCAAAUUGAUAUGAUAUGGAGGAAGUAAUGUUUUUAAAGUUUAUUUCUCUCUAAGACAUGCUGUGAAGAUACACGCAAGUAAAGUAGAUAGGUUUCCAGAAUGCACAUUCCAUUAGAAAUUUUCUGAUAACCAAAAACUGUGAUAGAUGUAACUUUGAUAAUAGUGUUUUCCAAGAACAUGGUAUGUGAUAAAACCAGAGGAUGUUCUGAAUGGAGACAGUGUUUGAUAAAUGUUGUUAGAUAGCAUUUCAUGCAUAGGUAAUUUAUUUCAAAUUGUACAGUACUGUGACAUUAUUAUAAAGUGAUGUGGUGUUAUACUUGGGGUUGCAGCUAAAUCAAGAACUUUGUACAGACUAUCCAUAUCUAUCCAUGUAAUAAAUUUUUAUUGUGUAUAUGAAUAUUCCAAAUUUUCUGUUGUUUAAAACAAAAGAUGACUGUGUGUAAACAAUUAUCCAAAACAGUGUAUUCAGCUUUUUUUGUAUGAAUAAAAUUGGGACCAAUCAUCUUCCUGUUAAUUAAUUAGCUUGUAAUAGUAUUGGCACAUGUACAUGUGCAAGCAUGUAUUGGCACCACUGUAGUAUCAGUUAUUUAGUUCUACUUUGAGGGGUAUUCUUAUAUGUCAAGGGUUAAAUUGAAGUAAAUGCAAUACUUUAUUUACCUUUGUAGUUGAUGAUGUUUUAUUUUUUUCACUUUUUAAUGUGUAUAUCUUGCUUCAGAAAUCUCACUAUUGUAUCACCUUUAUAUUACAUGUAUCUAUAGUGUGGUAUAAAUUGUUUAAUUUAUAUAGAGUUUGAUUUGAUCAAAAUAAUAUUCCUGUAUUGAUUUGUGACAUGCUCGUUUGAGGUAGAGAGAAUAAAAGUGAUGGUUGAAUGAGGAAGGUAAAUACCUAGUCAUGAUAACUAACCUAUGCUCACCCAAUAUUUAACCUUGAUAUCAUUGAUUUAAUUCUAUUAAUUUAAAUUUUUAAUAAAUCAGUUGUGUUGGAAUUCUUGUAUUUACUUUUCUCAGAUGUUGUGCUGUUUUACACCUGUCUAGAGAGUAAAAUUCAUGAACUCGGUUUGUAGAGUUGAAAUAGUUUUGAUCCAUGAGAGAACAUCAUUCCUUGAACUUUUUGGAUUUCUGAAUUAGACAGGAUUAAAAUGAAGGUCAGUUGACUUGAGCAUCUUCUGAAGAACUACUGUGAACUACAAUCAAUAAUUCUGAUGUCUAAAAACAUUUUUUACAACUCUGUUGCUAUUGUUCAAUAUUGCACUACAAAUUAUUGGUGGUGUUUCAAUGUAGUACUGAAUAUGAAGGUAAGGUAUGUGUUUCAUGAUAAAUGUAAAAAUGUAAAGAAAGCCUUCUUAUUUUAAGAAUAAAGAUGCAAAGUAAUCAAGA